AUGGCUGGGAAUUGGGUCGAUAAUCCUGGAGAGGUAACUACAGCUUUUCUAAAUUACUAUCAGCAACUUUUGGGCUCGCGUUUGGCAGGAAGAAGGAGAGUGAGAUUAAAUAUAGUUAAUGCUGGAUGUGUGAUAACAGAGGCAGAGGGUAAAUUUCUGGUGUCUGAAUAUACAAGUGAAGAAGUGAAAAAAGCCAUAUUUGAUAUCCCAAGUAUUAAAGCUCCUGGACCAGAUGGUUAUCCAAGUUGUUUCUUUCAGGAUAAUUGGGAGAUAGUAGGGGAGGAUGUGAGUGCAGCAGUGUUGAAUUUUCUUCAUUCUGGGCAGUUGCUAAAAGAGGUGAAUACUACAAGCUUAACUUUGAUCCCAAAAACAAAUUGCUCAACUGGGGUUAGUGAUUUUCGACCAAUUGCAUGCUGUAAUGUGGUUUAUAAAGUUGCUGCCAAGUUGAUUUGUUCAAGGUUAUGGAACAUUUUACCUGUGUUGAUAGCUGAGAAUCAUGGAAGAUUUAUCAAAGGGAGAUACAUUGCCUACAAUAUUAUGGGAUAUUUUCCAGCAAAAAGAGGACUCAGGCAAGGAGACCCCAUAUCACCUUUGCUCUUUGUAUUAGGCAUGGAAUAUCUUACGCGUAUCUUGAGGAAAGUAGGCAACAAAACAGAAUUUCAGUAUCAUGAGAGGUGUACUCAACUCAAGUUGAACCACUUAUGCUUUGCGGAUGAUGUCCUGUUAUUUUGCCAUGGUGAUUUCAAAUCAAUAUACUUGUUAUUACAAGGCCUUAAGUUAUUCUCUCAGACAUCUGGUUUGCAGCCAAAUGAAACCAAAUCUGCUUUUUAUUGCUGCGGAAUGAGCUCCAUGGAAGUCCAACGAAUCAAGGAUAUUUCUGGGUUUGGGAGAAGCAAUUUACCAUUUAGAUAUCUUGGCAUUCCAAUCAACUCAAAAAAAAUAUCAGCUGAAGAGUGUGAAAUGUUAGUGGAGAAAAUGACUCUUCAAAUUAGAACUUGGAGCUCUAGAAACCUCUCAUAUGCAGGGAGAGUAACACUGAUUAAUUCAGUAUUAAUCUCAAUUCAUUCAUACUGGUCUCAAAUCAUGAUAUUGCCCAAAGGAGUAUUGCAGAAGAUAAGUGCCAUCUGCCAUGCUUUUUUAUGGAAAGCAACAUCUAAGCACUUGGGGCCCGGACUGGUGGGAUGGGAAACUCUUUGUAAAUCAAAAAAGGAGGGUGGAUUAGGACUUAAAAAUGUUCUAGAAUGGAAUAAGGCAGCUAUAGGGAAAUAUAUAUGGGUAGUGGCAACAAAACAAGACAACCUUUGGAUCAAGUGGGUUCACCAUGUCUAUUUGGGAACAGCUGACUGGUGGAGUUAUGAAGCCCCAUCAACAAGUAGCUGGUAUUGGAAGCAAAUAGUCAAUGUCAAAAAUAGCUUUAAGCAGCUUGUGGAUACCCAGAAAUUCGAGUCUGAAACAUAUCAGAUAAAACAGGGUUAUCGGUUAUUAUGGCCAAUACAGAGAGAAGUUAUAUGGAAUCAUCUGCAACAAAGUGUUACAAGAAGUGAAGGAUUGGCUAAAGUGGAGGACACCAGCAAUGUCGAUCCAUGGGCUGAUGAGUAA